AUGGCGGAGUUCUCGCCCGUGCUACCGAUGCGGGAUGGAGGAGCAGUGGGGCGAUCCAUCUUCCCUCGGUCCAGGUCCGGUUCCGAGUCCGAGAGCGAACUCUCCCAAAGCCUGGCUCGGACAAAGAUCCGUUCAUACGGAAGCACGGCGAGUGUCACUGUCUCUCUGGGGGAGAAAUUCAUCGAGCAUCGGGUUACACAAAGUGAUACUCUGCAGGGGAUUGCCCUUAAGUACGGUGUAACGAUGGAGCAAAUCAAGAGGGCAAAUAAGUUGUUCAGCAAUGACUGCAUCUUUCUGAAGGACAUUCUCAACAUCCCCGUGGCAGCCCCCAAGCGCUCCAUUUUUAACGGACUGUCUCUGGAGUCUCCCGACGGGGACGGCGAGUCUGCUUGUCAGUCCGAGACCCCUAGUGUCCUGUCGCAAGAUGUUGUCGGACCUUCGCCUGCAUCCUCACCGCCGCCUGAAGAUUCCACGGCCCCCCGACCCCAAGCGGAGGAGCUCUCUGCCAAAGACUUCUUACACAGACUGGAUUUACAAAUCAAACAAUCAAAGCAGGAGGCACGCAGACUGAAAGAAGAGGAAGUAAGGAGCGACGAAAGCGACUUCACGGCACUUACCACGUCAUACCAGGAAAUAUAA